CUUCCACCGAACAGCUGUUCUCACAGUUUUCCAGCGACGCCAUCACCACAAACACCUGCGUAAUGAGUAAUUCGCUGACAAUUGUUACAAAAUAAUCAAAUCCUUGGCAAGGGCAAUACUACAAAUGAGAAGUGCAACCAAGCUCUACCGUAAACACAAAAACACGCAGAGACAAAAUUGAAGCCUAGCCAAAAGAAAAAAAAAAAAAACCAGAGAGGAAGCUCGAAUAAAAAAACAUGUCGAAGGCCGUGAAUAAUAUGAACAUGGGCGUUGUGGAGCCACAGCAGCGCAUUAAAAAUCUCUCCCACUGCGGCAAUCUCAUCGAUGUGGACAAGAAUAUGAAAGUGUCGCGCUAUUACCGCGCCGGAACGGAGAUCUUGCGCAUGGCCAACGUCUAUCUGAAUGAGGGCGACCAUGAAAAUGCAUUUAUAUUGUACAUGCGCUACAUGACGCUGUUCAUUGAGAAGAUACGCCAGCAUCCGGACUAUGGCAGCGUUAAAGCCGAGGUGAAGGCCAUCAAUAAGACGAUUAAAGACGAGAUCAUGCCCACAACGGAGAAGCUGCGCAACAAGUUGCUGGCCCAGUACCAGCGUGAAUACGAACAGUUUCUGGCCAACAAGGAGGCCGAGCGAAUGCGCGAACAGGAGCGAGAGCGCCAGCAGCAGUUGGCCACCAAGAAGGCAGCGGCAGCAUCAUCUAUUCCUUCCCUCAUACCCGCCAAUCUGCACGUACAAAUGGAUCCCAGCAGCCAGCCAACGGCCCCAGAUCUGAGUCUGCUCGAUCAGGUGGUCUAUCCAAACGAUUUCCCCACGGGCACCAACCGCAACAACUUGCCCAACUCGGGUCUCCUACUGCCAAUGGCAGCUGAGGCUGGUGCCGCCGACAAGAUUGCCAACUCGUCAUCAAAGCCCACAUUCGAUCGCAGCCGGAAGCCACAGUUCAAUCGCACGGACUCGCUCUUGGCUGGCUCACUGCGCAGCGUCAAUGUGCCCGGCGACACCAUGGAUGUGUUCCUGAAGCUGGCGCAUGCCAAUACCUCCAAUAACAUCGAGACUUGCGGCGUCCUCGCCGGCCACCUGGCCCACAAUGAACUCUAUAUAACCCACAUUAUUGCGCCCCAGCAGCAGGGCACGCCCGACAGCUGCAACACGAUGCACGAGGAGCAGAUCUUCGAUGUCCAGGAUCAAAUGCAGCUCAUUACGCUUGGCUGGAUACAUACCCAUCCCAGCCAGACGGCCUUUCUGUCCUCCGUUGACUUGCACACGCACUGCUCCUACCAGAUGAUGAUGCCGGAGGCAAUCGCCAUCGUCUGUGCGCCCAAGUACAAUACAACCGGUUUCUUCUUACUCACGCCGCAGUAUGGCCUGGACUACAUUGCACAGUGCCGGCAAAGCGGAUUUCAUCCACAUCCCAAUGAUCCGCCGCUGUUCAUGGAUGCACAGCACAUCAAGAUAGAUGCCCAGACCAAGAUCAAGGUUAUCGAUCUGCGCAGAUAGUAUGCUGAAAUUCUGGUCUAACUCAGCAGCGACACGGCAACAGAAUUCUACCAGCUAAGAGCACAUGGGUUCAUCCACUGGCUGGAUGCAAAAGCAGCGAAUUUAACAAAAGCUACAAAAAAACAGCAACAAAUCAGCAACAGAGCUACAACAACAGCAUCAUUCAGCGAGACAACUAGAGCGAGGUCUUUGCUCGAUGUAACCGGAGAAGCGGAUAAAUACACACUGUAGUGAUUAACGAUCUGAGAGAUUUCAAUGAAACAACAACAAAUCAUAUUUUGCGACUGUUUAGCUGUAUUUUUGCAUUUGCAAAUUUAGAAGCGAUAAACGAAUGGCAUUAGGCAGACAGACAUUAGCUUUCGGUUAGCAGAAAUUGCAGUUUAUUCAUACAUUUAGGAUCUGCUUUAUACAUACAUACAUAUAAAUUCUUUAAUGUGAUUUACAAUUGUGGCUUAUACUUUUGUUAAAAAUUGUUUUGUUUAAUUAUGCAUGUAUUUAUUAUAUCUUCUAAAGAACUCUACACUCUACACAAAUCGCUAUGAAAGCAACCAAUGCAAAAUGUUUAAAAUAUUGAUAUUUAUAUAUAUUUACCUAAUAUUGCUAAAAG